AUGUACAUUUGUAAGCUGUGCACUUAUUCAACGGAUUCGUUAAAGCAGUUUUCAGAUCACUUUAAAGUACAUAGGAACGUAGCAAAUUUUGACUUUCCUUGUGGAGUCCCAGGCUGCUGUCGCACAUUCAGGCAUUAUUCAUCUUUCAAAGCCCAUGUAUAUAGAGACCAUCAACAUCUUUCCAGGAAGCACGCAGUUCAGCAUGUACAUAUUACCUUGUAUUGUCCACUUUGUGCUGUGAAGUUUACAGAAAUCUCUGACGUUCUUUCUCAUCUUAAAGGCCAUAUUUCUAGUGGAGUUGCGGUACCAUGCCCUUUUGCACAUUGCCAAAAACAGUUUUCUGUGAAAUCUUCUUUUUCGUCACAUAUUUCGAGACAACAUAGUAAGCGCCAAGUUGAGUUUUUGUCAGAAUCGGUUUUGCGAGAAAAAUAUAAAGCUCUUACUGAAUCAAACCCUGCUGAGGAGGAUGAUCAAGAAUUUCCAGAUGAAGAAAUCUUGCAUUGCACUGAUGAUGUAAAGGUAGAUGAUACUGAAGAGGAUGUAUUUGUAACUAAUGAUGUAUUCAAAGAAAACUUAGCACUAUUUUACUUGAAAUUGGAAGCCAAAUUCUUGUUACCUAGUUCUACAAUUCAAGAAAUUGUUAAUUCAUUUCAAGAAAUACAUUCUCUGAGUAACAGCAAUUUGCUGCAGGAAUUAAGACAGAGACUGAAGGCAUUAGAUAUUCCUGAGCAUGAGCUCACUGAUCUGCUGACUGUAUUUACAACGGAAGAUUUGCUGAAUCCUACCAACUGUAGCUAUUUCAGAUCAGAUUGCACAAGGACAUCAUACUUCAAAUCGAAGUUUAACUAUGUUCAUCCUCUGGAAAUUUACUUGGGCGUGGACCAAUGUGGUCGGCAACGGUAUUGCCAGUAUGUUCCAAUACGAGAAACCCUGUUAGCCUUGUUCAAACAAAACUCUUUCAUUCAGAAUUACAACAAAACUCAUCGUGAUCAUCCUGUAAGAAAGACAGUUCUAGAAGAUGUUUAUGAUGGUCAGACUUUCUUAAAAGGUGAUAGUAGUAAGGAUGACACAGCGGUCACACUCAUUCUGUAUCAAGAUUCUUUUGAAGUGGUAAAUCCUCUAGGCUCGGGGAGAAAAAAGCACAAGAUGUUAGCUGUCUAUGCAACACUUGCUGAUAUACAGCCCCACAAUAGAUCAAAUAUUGAUCAUAUGCAAUUGGUGUUGCUCUGCAGAGAACAAGACUAUAAGGAAUUCGGAGCGAGUGCUGUCUUUGGUCGUCUUGUUGUGAUCUUCAGCUGCUAGAAGAUAAUGGUAUUGUACUAGAUGACAACACAUGCGUCAAAGGUACACUUCUCGCUAUUGCAGGAGACAACCUUGGGUCACAUAACUUAGGAGGAUUUACUGAGAACUUUAGCACAAGUCACUUCUUUUGCCGCUAUUGCGUUCUUCCAAGGAACUCCUUUAUAGUGGAUCCGGUUACAACAGGUGGUAUCAGAACAAAGGAACAAUACCAACAAGCUGUACAAGCUACAGAUACUGAAGAAAGUGAAAGAUGCGGUGUCAAGUUUGAUUCCAUUUUCAAUAAACUGUCAACCUUUCACGUCUGCAAACCUGGAUUGCCACCAUGUUUAGGUCAUGAUUUAUUUGAAGGAAUCGUCUCUGUUGACUUGUCAUUGUUCCUCAGUGAUCUCAUACGAGUGA